CUCUUCCCGGUUUCCCCGUCAGCCUGCGGUCUGGUUUGGUAGCUGCUUCCGGUUGGACCUCCGUGCAGGGCGAGUCGGUCUCAGCUUCUCGUCAUGUCCUACGGUCCCUUAGACAUGUACCGGAACCCAGGGCCCUCGGGGCCCCAGCUUCGGGACUUCAGCAGCAUCAUCCAGACAUGCAGCGGCAAUAUCCAGCGAAUCAGCCAAGCCACUGCUCAGAUGAAGAAUUUGAUGAGCCAACUAGGAACUAAGCAGGACUCCACCAAGCUACAGGAAAAUCUGCAGCAGUUACAACACUCUACAAAUCAACUUGCCAAGGAAACAAAUGAAUUACUGAAGGAAUUAGGAUCCUUGCCCCUUCCCUUAUCUACUUCAGAACAGCGCCAGCAGAGACUUCAAAAAGAACGCCUCAUGAACGAUUUCUCUGCAGCAUUAAACAAUUUCCAGGCUGUGCAGAGAAGGGUGUCUGAAAAGGAAAAGGAGAGUAUUGCCAGAGCAAGAGCUGGAUCUCGACUUUCUGCGGAAGAGAGGCAAAGAGAGGAGCAACUCGUCUCAUUUGACAGCCAUGAGGAGUGGAACCAGAUGCAGAGCCAGGAGGAUGAGGUGGCCAUCACCGAGCAGGACCUGGAACUUAUUAAGGAGAGGGAAACGGCGAUUCGGCAGCUGGAGGCUGACAUUUUGGAUGUCAAUCAGAUAUUUAAAGAUUUGGCUAUGAUGAUCCAUGACCAGGGUGAUCUGAUUGAUAGCAUAGAAGCCAAUGUGGAAAGCUCAGAGGUACAUGUGGAAAGAGCCACUGACCAGUUACAGCGAGCUGCUUACUAUCAGAAAAAAUCUCGCAAGAAGAUCUGUAUCCUUGUGCUUGUCCUGUCAGUGAUCGCUGCUAUCUUUGGACUUAUUAUGUGGCUAGUUUAUGGAAAGUGAUUGCCUCAGAGCCUUCUCCCACGGAACUGUUUUCAAGGGCAAGUGCUUGCUGGAGUCUGCCAGAACAAACUGAUCACAGAAGAGAGCAUCCAUCAGAACAUCCUGUAAUAAUUUAGUUAGAAACUAACUACUAACCAGUCCUUGGAAUUAGUGACCUAUGGAGAUAGUAUUUAUCAAUUUAUGUAUACAUUUUAUUGAUUUAUCAAAUUAGGAAUUAAUUUAUGUGGAUUUUGUUUUCUCUUCUCUUCUGAUUACCCUUCAUUUCAAAGGUUCACUGAAAAUUCCAUUUUAGAUAUUCUUGUUUUAACAGGUGACACUACAGUCUUGUAAAUUGUCUUUUUAUGUGUAUAUAAGCUUUGCCUUUUUUACUAGCAACUGAUAUAGAAUUACUUUUUGGCACCCAGCAUAUUUGAAUCUGUCAGAAACUGUGUAAUAAGCCAGCAGUUUUUAUUGUUUAACAUUUUAAUUUAAAUUUGUAAGAAUCCUAUUCUUUAUCUGCUUUGAAAGAUUUUGGUAAUGUAUUUAACUAGAAAGUAAACAUUGCACGUGAUCCAGAUUGAAUGAGAAGUAUCUAUUUGAGCUGGCCAGUUGUGGAGGUACAUGUUAAUCUGGAUUUAAAGUUUCUUUUAUUAUCUGCUAGUGUCAUCUGCAGCAGUUCAUCUAUAUACACACUAAAACAUUAUGUUCACUUUUUGAAUAGAUUAAUUUAAUUAACAUUGCUGUACUCCAAGGAGUUCCUCUCCCACCUGCUUGUAAAGAAAGGGAUAAUAAGACAAAGCAUGCUUUUGGAAAGCAAAUAGGAGUUGUUUGGAAUGAUUUAAUCCUUUUGUUGUUGUUGUUCAGUUGUGGUUCUGCAUUCCUGGUGAAUGAUGAAUGUUGCUGUCAAAAUGCUGUCCCGCCCUUAAUAAGGUUUGCUGGGCAUUUGAUGGCAGGAAGAUUUUAAAAGCUAGACUGAAGUUGCUUUAAAAUUUAGUCCUGUGAACCUGGCGAUAAAGCAAAGAAAAGGUUCAUUUUUGUAAACAAUACUAGUUUGGAAUAGUGAUGUUAGACUUAUCUUAAUUUAUGAACAAGAAAUUAAUCUCUCCAUGCAUAGUUUUAGACAAAAAAAAAAGUUUCAAUAAAAGAUUGUUGUAUUGUAAUAUAAAUAUUGUUCACUUACCUUUUUCACAGGUCUAGAAUAGUUAAAGAGAAUGUAAUUUCUUUAGGCUCUCACAUAAAUGUGAAUUGGGCCAACAAUUUUAGUUCAUCCGUUAGUGAAUUAGAGAAUUUGACUACCCUGGAUAUAUUUAUAUCAGUUUCUUCCACUCUUUUUAAUGUUACUUAAUCUUCUUUUACUAAACUAAUGUGAACAGUAGGGAAACAAGGGCCCAAAUGCAUAAGUUUCUUUGCACUCUUGCACCAUUCUACCCACCUAAUUCAAAUAAACAUUUAAAAAACUUUUG